AUGUCCGGUCAGAACGAGUGCCACUAUGGUGAGCUGAUGGACUUUUUCUAUAAAAACAAAAAUCAAACGAAUGAAAGCAGCCCCACACAAAUCAUCAUACUGCAAUGUGUGGGCUCCAUCUUCUGCUGCUUCAUCCUGGUGGCUAACGCCAUGGUCAUUACUGCUGUGAUAACUAACAACCGGUUUCACUACCCCUUUUAUUAUCUCUUGUCCAACCUCGCUGCCUCUGACUUUCUCGCUGGGAUCGCGUAUGUGUAUCUCAUGUUCCGCACAGGGGACGUGUCUCCGACGUUAACCGUGCAGCAAUACUUCAUCCGUCAGGGCUUGCUGGAUGUAAGUCUGUCUGCCUCGCUCACAAACUUGCUGGUGAUCGCUCUGGAGCGCUACAUCUCUGUCAUAAAUUGGAAAGUUCACAGUAACCUUUCAAAGCGACGGGUAACCCUUCUGAUCGUACUUGUUUGGGGCCUUUCCAUUUUUAUGGGGGCUGUGCCAAGCCUUGGCUGGAACUGUAUCUGUAGUCUUGACCAAUGCUCAAUCCUGGCACCAAUCUACAGCAGGAGCUACCUGAUCUUCUGGUCCGUGUGCAACCUACUACUUUUCCUCAUAAUGGUAGCCAUCUACAUACGGAUAUACGCCUACGUAAUAAGGAAAACGUACGUGUUAUCUUCUCAUACGACUGGAUCUAUGAAACGUAAGAGGACGCCCAUCAAGCUCAUUAAAACUGUCAUGACUGUGUUGGGAGCAUUUGUGAUCUGUUGGACACCUGGACUGGUGGUUCUGCUACUGGAUGGCUUACAAUGUCAGAAAUGUAAUGUGCUACUAUUCAAGCGCUGGCUGCUUCUUCUGGCUGUCCUUAACUCUGUCAUGAACCCUAUCAUCUACUCCUACAAGGACGAUGAAAUGUGGACCACCAUCAAGAAUUUGCUACGCUGCGUCUGUAAUGGCACUCGCCGCCAAAGGUCAUCUAAAGCCAACAACCGCUCUAUCGGAUCAGAAGCAAAUACCAGUGUAAGGCUCUCUGAUGAGAAAAACCCAUCUGGGCAGGAGGUAGUGAAGACCUAGGCACUGAGAUUUGUUCAUGGAUGACUCUUCUGAUAAACUGGUGUGGUCACCAUUGUGUACAUGAGUUUUUUUUUGUUUUUCUGUAAGCAUGAGCCGUAAAUGAUGUUAAACCUUGUGGGAAUUGUCAGACAGCAGAGAUCAAUACAGUUAUUUCCUGUUAGUCAUCAGUAAUUUGUUCUUUAGUACUG